GCGGGGGACACGGGACGCAGGUACCGCGGGCGGCCCUGGCAGCCACCUCCGGACCGAGCGGAGCGGAGCGGAGCCGAGCCGCGGCGGGCAGCGGCGUUCGGGAGCCAUCCGGCGGCGCAGCGCUCGGCGCAUCCAUCGGCGGGCCCGCGCCCCCGCGGCACGGACGGGGCGCCGCGGGGCCGGGGCGCGGCCGCCGGGAGCAGCGGGAGCGGAGCCGCAGCGAGCGGAGCGGAGCGGAGCAGAACGGAGCGCGGGGCUCGGCGCUGCCCGGCCGGCCGAGCAUGCACUGAGCGAGCGGCCCCGGGCUCGGAGCCGCCCCGCUGCAUGCUGUGGGGAGACACGGUCGCGAUAAUAAAUGAUAGAGGAUACAAUGACUUUGCUGUCUCUGCUGGGUCGGAUCAUGCGUUACUUCUUGCUCAGACCGGAGACCCUGUUCUUGCUGUGCAUCAGCCUGGCCCUGUGGAGUUAUUUCUUCCACACGGAUGAGGUGAAAACCAUUGUUAAGUCCAGCAGGGAUGCGGUGAAGAUGGUGAAGGGCAAGGUGGCCGAGAUCAUGCAGAAUGACAGGCUCGGGGGUUUAGACGUGCUGGACGCUGAGUUCUCCAAGACGUGGGAGUUCAAGAGCCACAACGUGGCUGUCUACUCCAUCCAAGGCCGCAGGGAUCACAUGGAGGACAGGUUCGAAGUAAUCACCGACCUGGUGAACAAGACUCACCCCUCCAUCUUCGGGAUAUUUGAUGGGCACGGAGGAGAGUCGGCGGCGGAGUACGUGAAGGCGCGGCUGCCCGAGGUGCUGAAGCAGCACCUGCAGGACUACGAGCGGGACAAGGAGAACAGCGUGCUGUCCUACCAGAGCAUCCUGGAGCAGCAGAUCCUCUCCAUCGACAGGGAGAUGCUCGAGAAGCUCGCCGUCUCCUACGACGAGGCAGGCACCACGUGUCUGAUCGCCCUGCUGUCCGACAAGGAGCUGACCGUGGCCAACGUGGGCGACUCGCGGGGCGUCCUGUGCGACAAGGACGGCAAUGCCAUCCCCCUGUCCCACGACCACAAGCCCUACCAGCUCAAGGAGAGGAAGAGGAUUAAGAGAGCCGGUGGGUUCAUCAGCUUCAACGGCUCGUGGCGCGUGCAGGGCAUCCUGGCCAUGUCGCGCUCGCUGGGCGAUUACCCCCUGAAGAACCUGAACGUGGUGAUCCCCGACCCCGACAUCCUGAGCUUUGACCUGGACAAACUGCAGCCAGAGUUCAUGAUCCUGGCCUCGGACGGGCUGUGGGACGCCUUCAGCAACGAGGAGGCCGUGAGGUUCAUCAAGGAGCGCCUGGACGAGCCGCACUUCGGCGCCAAGAGCAUCGUGCUGCAGUCCUUCUACAGGGGCUGCCCCGACAACAUCACCGUCAUGGUGGUGAAGUUCAGGAAUAGCAGCAAAGCUGAGGAGCAGCAGUGAGGAGCCCCCCGGGCCCGCUCAGGACUCACAACAGGGUGUGUGUGUGUGUGCUGGGAAGCUCCAGGAGCGCCGUGCGGGCUCUCCCGCGGCCGCCGGUCCAUCCGGGCUCUGCUCGUGGCUUGGCAAAAGGAGCAAUACAACAAAUAAAUCCAUGCUGAGCGACCACAAGAAUCCAGUCUGCCCCCUGCCCCUGCCCUGUGCCCUCGCUGCUCCCUAGGAACCGACUGGAAGCUCCCAUUUCUCACUUUUCUUUAGGAAUCCUGUGUAGGUUUGGGUUUGGUUGCUCUCCUCAGGGGCACGGCAGGGCCGGGGCAGUGCUGCUGCUCCUCCCGCCUGCUGUCCCUGCUCAGGAGCUGCUCUCGUGUCCCUCAUCCCUGCACCCUGCAGUGGGAGGGUGCCUGGGGAAGGGUUGGGAUGUGACGGAGGAAGAGGAGCCAAUCUCAGCCCGCUGCCUCUGCUGGCUCUGCUUUGUUCAGCCUCCCCCCACAAUGAACCCUGCCGAGCAUGUGAGUAGGUAGAGCUCCUGAGCCACCACGUUUAUUCAGGCUGUGCAUUACUCUAGGACAGUUCUUCUAGGCCAUACUGUAUCCAAACCAACUCAUGGUGAACUUCAGCAAAGCCCCGGGAGCUCUGGAGCUGCUGGAUGGGAGCAGAGCUCAGCUGCGGGAGCAGAACGUGUGUCCUUCACCGAGAUCACCCUGACCUUACUGCUGUGGCAAGAGAUGUGAGAGCAGAUGGAUUUCACUGGUGACUGGUGGGAGCCUCAGCCAAGCAGGGCGUUCCUCAGAGGUUCCUCAGAGCUACCUAGCUGGAAGUCAGGCCUGUGAGAGACUUCCCUGUACCACUGCAGGUGGAUUUGGGGUGUUAAUCCCAGGGCAGACCCCUCUGGACGGGCUCUUGGGAUGAGCUGCAAGUGCCAGGCAGCAUCAAUGCACUGUAGAGAUGAAAGGUUGUGUUAAAUCUAGGUUUUAAAAGUGUGUUUAGAUCUAACUUUCAGUAUUUAAUUGUAUUUUGGGAUCUGUGACUGCUCUAAGUUGGAGUGAGGACAGUUUGGGUUUUGCUGCACCUCUGGUACCAGCUGUGUCAUGGCAGAGGGACAGGGCGGGCAGGAUUUUGGAUGGCUCCUUUGUCCUUACCCUGCCUCUCAGAAGUCCUUGGGAUCUCCCCAGAACGUGGUCCUGGACACUGCUCAAGUCUUCAGGGUGACGGAGGCCGUGUUUGGUGUGGAGCUGGGUCGGGGAUGUGACGGAUUCCCUGGCCUUGCCUGUUCCUUGGGAAGGUCCAAUAUUCCUCAUUUCCCAGCUGUGGCCCCCCUGCUCACCUGCAGGAUCUCUCAAGGCAAAAAAUCAAAGAGCACAAACUUCUGCUCGAGAAGGAAUCCCCAUCUUUGUCUUGCUUUGUCCCCCCAACAAACUCCCCUCCUUUAAUUUGUUUGGGGAUAAUCUCAGCCCUCUGUUGGCUCUGGUGGUAUUUCCAGAAUGUGUCUGGAGCCCUGGGAAAGCAGUGCCCAGCAGGCAGGAGCCUGCCCUGCUCCUUUCCCUGCCCUUUUCCAUUCUUGGUGCAGCUGAGGUGAACAGGAAUUGCUGAGAAUUGCUCCAGGCACUGCAGUGUGCACAGAGUGAGGGCAGAGUGCUGCAGGUGCAGCCCUGGGCGAGGGUGAUUCCAUGGGAAUGCUGGAUCUGGGCUGGAA